AUGCUUACGGGCAGUUGCAGCUACAGCUCUGGUGUUGGAGGAAGCAGAAAAACUGACUNCACCCAAGCUCGGGUAGCCCGGUAUCAGGCUAAGCUCUUAGAGAACCCCGAAGUUACCCUGCAGGCUUGCCCCUCCCUUAACCCGGCCAUCCUGCUGCCAGAAACAGAGGGCCAAGAACAUGACUGCUUGGAGGUUAUAGAUGCCCAGUACUCCAGACGUCAGGAUUUAAAGGAUCAACCUCUCCCUUACGCAGACUAUGAGUGGUAUACGGACGGCAGUAGUGCUGUUGAAAAUGGAUUAAGAAGGGUGGGCUAUGCUGUUGUGUCUCUCCAUGAAACUGUGGAGGCAAAAAGCCUGCCCCCCGGGACCUCAGCCCAGCUAGCUGAGUUAGUGGCUUUAACCUGUGUGCUUGAAUUGUCAAAAGGAAAAACAGUUAAUAUCUUCACGGACUCUAAAUAUGCUUUUGGUGUGCUGCAUGCCCACGCUGGUCUGUGGAAACAAAGGGGGUUACUGACGGCUCAGGGUUCUCCGGUCAAGCACGGGCUACAAAUUCUUCGGCUUCUGGAAGCCGUACAGCUCCCCUCAGAGGCAGCAGUAAUGCACUGCAGGGCUCAUCAAAAGGAGAAUCACAGUAUUAACCAAGGCAACGCUAGGGCAGAUAGAGAAGCCAAGCGGGCUGCCACUUUAGAACCGAGACUAGCCGAGAGUGUCCAUCUCCAUAUCUUGAUUCCAUCACUAGGGAACCUCCCUACCCCGCAGUAUACGAAUGAGGAGUUAGAGUGGGCUAAAUCUCUUGGGCUUCAGGAAGAAAAAGGAUGGUUCCAUUCUACGGAGGGAAAGGUCCUUCUACCAAGGUGUAUGAUGCGACCAGUAUUACAAAGACUACACCAGACCUCUCAUGUGGGCAGGGAAGCUUUGACCCAGCUCACACAGAAGUACUUCAUCACCUCAGGGCUUCGGCCCCUAGCGUCCCAGGUAUCUGCAGAGUGCCUUAUUUGCCAGAAAAAUAAUCCUCGACCAAGGGAUCCAGUUAUACCAGCUACGCUAGAACUCACUCCGGGCCCCGGGCUAGUGUGGCAAAUUGACUUCACCGAACUUCCUUGAGCCCAGGGGUAUAGAUACCUCCUUGUCCGGGUGGAUCGUUUCAGUGGGUGGCCUGAAGCUUUUCCCUGCCGAAAUAACACUGCUAAGACUGUGGCUCUUAAGCUGGUUAAAGAAGUUUUUCCUAGAUUCGGCCUGCCGCGGUGGAUGGAAUCUGACCAGGGAACACACUUCACUUCAAAGAUUGUCCAGAAUGUCUCGAAUAUCCUCCAGCUCAACUGGGAACUUCACACCCUUUGGAGGCCACAGGCCAGUGGAGUGGUAGAGCGCACUAAUCAGACACUCAAAAGGCACCUAGCCAAAAUAUGUCAGGAAGCAUCUUUAAAGUGGCCUGAUGCCUUACCCUUGGUUUUACUCCGCAUUUGGGCCCUUCCUAAGGGCAGAACUAGUUUGAGUCCCUUCGAGAUUAUGUUUGGAAGGGCAUGGCCUAUGAAUGGUACCCCGAUCCUGCUAGGGGAAUAGGAGGUUGGGUGUGAAUAUUUAUCUCAGUAUAUGUGUUCCCUUUCUGCUGUUUUACG